AUGUUAAAAUUACCUAACAAAAUUUUGACAACAUACGCGAAUCAGGAAAGUGGAAAGGCAAUAAACCCGGCCGGAAUCAGUAGAAAAUGCAUACGGAUCUUGCCUCCCAUCUGCACACGCCCGCUUGCAACAAGUUGAUCGAGGAACUCCAGGCCUGCCACGAAAAUAACGCCUUCGCAAAAUUUGUGGGCGUGUGCAACUCCAUUGACGAUAAGGUGGUAAAGUGCCUAAAAGGCGAGAGAAUCGCCCGAUCCGCCGCGAAUCGCGCCAAAGCCCGCGAAAGUCAGGCGAAGUACAAGGAAAAGUUGCUCCAGCAGGAAGGAAACUAAAGGACUGAAAUCAACCAAUAUGCCAGUACAACCAGAGGAUCCGCUAGAACCGUUCUACUUCGAGCAAGAAGAGCAGGAGAUCUGUGGGAAGCUCGUAACUCCCAUAACCGAUGGUUUCCAGGAGGAUUACCCCAGCGUUGUGGAUCGCUUUUUCACCAGAUAUUACUACUUCAAGGGAGAUGUUCCCUACCAAGUGCUCUACCACUCCAA